UAUGUGAACGUCAUGAAGAAGCUUGUGGUAUAAACGAUUGGUAAAUAUGCGGAGUGUAUAGGCAGUUAUAACGUAAGCACGUGGCAAACACCAAUAAAUCUGGUGGAUCGAUUAGCAAACGUGGAGAUAAUAGUCACAUCGGGCGGGACAAGUGUCGCAGAUAGGGAAUAAUUUACAUGUCUAAUUUACCACUCUGUCUACCAGUUAUUCCUAGAGGGUUGAAUCAUGUAUUUAUGCAGACGUUUAUAAGCACAAGAGACCCAGUGGAAAAGAGAAAAUGUCCGAGAUUGAUGUUUAUUCGUCAGAUAGUGUGGACGUAUCUUGGGGCAGUGGAAUGUUUGAUGAACCCAAAGACUUGGUAUAUAGAAAGGGUCGAGCGUAAGAGAAGCACUCUGCGUGGUUUCAACGGUUUCCGCGUAAUUUUAGAUCGGCAAGAUAACGUGCUUGGCCCACCCUGUGAGGAUGAAAGAGAAAGAGUGCGAUGAGAAGAAUCUGAAUAUAUACACAAUCGUAUACGGUUGGAAGGAAGACACACGGAAACUGGGUAGGAGGAGGAGAAGAGAUGUGUUGGCCAGGCGGAGAGAACGAAAGUGUUCUCUCUCUUGAACGCAGUUAUGCCGACUAGCUCGGGAGACGCGUGCCGCCAAAUUGAACGCCAGCCUCGUGUCUCCAGUGCCAAAGAAAAAGGUUCAAAGCUGACUACAAAGUACGUGAGAAGAGAACGAACACGAAGAAAACGUUUUUGUCUUAUUAAAUUAUAACAUCGUCAUACUGACUUUCAUACUGAAGACCGAUUUGCAUGAAAUACAUGUGGAACUAUUGGAGAAUAUGCAAUCGUCAGUUUACUCUAUUUGACUUGAUGUAAAUAUUAUACGUGAGUGUAAUCAAGUGUCCUAAAAUUAAAUACCUGUCACGACUGUCUGAAAUUUCAAUGAAAAGAUAAAACAGUUGUUUACCAAAUCGUUUCAUUUAACAUGUUUAUGUAAUAUAUAAAUUAUUUUAAUUACAUUUACUGAAUUGAUGGUCAACGUGGAAAGAAAACUGAUGCCAAGCAUGCAUCGACGAUGGAAUUAUUGGGAGUCUUUCGAUGCGACGAACGAUCGAAUUGACGCAUCUAAAAUUAAAUGCCUCAGCAAUACUUUAGUCUCACUCUACGGUUGUUUGUUUCCGGAAUCGAUUUAGCUGGAAAAUUCCUCGCGUUCACUUUCUUUUAUUUAUUAUUAUACGUUUUAAUCUAAAUCUUGAGCUUUCAGACGAAGCAGUAAGAAAGGGGAGUAUAUUAAUGAGGCCGUUGAAGGUGGCUUUGGUGAGUCACGUGAAAGUAUGGACUUGGCGAUAAGAAGUGAAGCAGUAGUGAGUGUCGUGGUACGAUCUGAUCGUCAGGAAGCACGAAGAGGAAACAGUAAGGAUGAUAACAAGCACGGGGGUUGGCGUUGGCGGCGUCGGCGGUAUUGGAAUGCUCAGGGCAAGAAGGAGAGAUGUAAGCGUCAAGCCUAAUCGCAAGCUUGACCGAAAGUCAUCCCGUGGAAUGAUUUAUGAGAAUGAGGAGCUUAGACUGAGAACAAUUCACAUUAAUGCGGAAGUUGAACAAGGUCAAAAUGACAUUAAAAAGCUCAGACGGGAGAACGAGCAGCUGAGACGAGAAAUAUGGUGUCUCAGGGAAGAAUAUGACAAAUUAGAGGAAAUUUUGAAAAGCCAGCAAAAUCGAGCUGACAGUGAAGACAACGAGGAAUACAGUCAGGACGAGGUUUCUACAUCAGAUAUUGAAGACGACGAAGAUGAAGAAGAAAAAGAGGAAGAACAGGAUGAUGAGAAGGAAGAAAAGAAAGAGAAAAAAAUUGACAAGAAGGAAAAACUUUUAACUUUAGACGGCGUGAUUCAAGAUGAGCUUUUAGAGAAUGCUGAGAAUCAAAAGUUGUCUUCGGAGAAAACUAAUAGUCUUCACCGGCUACAUGUGGAAUUUGAUCAAUUGUCAGUAGUAGACGAAGAGGAAGAAUCAACGAAAAAAGAGAAAGAGUAUAGAGAUGUAAAUGAAGCAAAAGUGCUUGAGGUAAAGCGUGAAUCAGAAUCAAAUAAGCAAGAAGAAGGAUACUUAAAUCAACAUGCAUUCAACUGGAUAAUCAAUUCUGAGUGUCCUGUCACCCACUCUACAACUGAAUACUCUCUUCCCUACACUUCAACAUUCGGCAUUGUAACGACGUUGAACAACGAGAGUAGUUCACCACUGGGGAUUGGCUGGCAGCGAAAGAUUUUUGAAGGAGACACGAGUCACACUACGACAACAACAACGGAUCGACAGACUUGCGCAGAAUCAAUUUUACCCUCUCGGGCGUCGUUUCUGUCUCGAGAUACGUCUACUGUAUUUCCAGACAUUCGUUCAUUCACCGAAUCUAUGAAGGUCACUCCAAACAUUAUUGCUACGUCCUCAAGUAGUGAGAACACAACUUCAACUAUUAUCCACAAGACAUCUCCUGAUAUAUGUGUUGCUGGGGCAAUAGCAUCUCAGAGAACUUUUGGUAGUUCUGACCAAUUGUCAGCUCAUGAAAUUCAUGAUACUUUGAAUAAAUCUCAUUCAUGUCAAGAGUUGGAUAAAUCACAUACGUUUCUACUAAAUAUAAAUCAAGCAAUUGAAGCUAAAAGUUUACCCGAUAAUUCAAAUACUCGUGCUUUUAAAAGUCAGUUGAAAAUACAACUGAACAAUAUAUCACCAGAAAUACUACCGGAAUUACCUCCCAAAAUGCCACCAAUCGACUGGUUACCUGGACAACCACUUUAUAGGAGUUUAGAGCCCAUCGACCGACGUGAACAACGUCUACUUCGUCAGCUUCAACUUAACGAGUAUCAGGCAACUUCUUUCGAAAGUCCUACUCCACGUAAUUUUAAUUUCUCAUCUGCAAUUGCUGGUCAAACUCUCGAUCGUUCAUCGAGAUCUGAAAGGAAAGUUGUUCCGGUAUGGCCCAAUAUUCCAUCUACGCCUAAAGUUGAUACACAAACCCAAACACGAAGUCGAAGUUCUAGUCAAAGUAGGAGUCCUACUCGAAGUCAGAGUAGAAGUUCAAUUGAACAAGACGCGCAAAAGGAAACGAAAUCUCCAAAAACGAAAACAAACAAGAAGAAGAGCCCUUCAAAGAAAGUUACGACAUCAAUAGUAUCAACAGAUGAUUCAAAAUGUCAUUAUGAAAGCAAAACAGAUCGAACAUCGUCUUCGUCGGGUCAUGAAUGGCAAAAGAAGCAUGUGAAGAAUGUUCAUAGCUCGUUAAAUUCGAAAAGAAGAUCAACAAGGAGUCGAAGUAUUACACAAGGUUCAGAAAUUCUUGAGACAACCACAAGAGAUAGAACAAUCUCAGCUAGCAGUCCAGAGUCUGACAAGUUUAGAAAGAAUAGCAUCGGAAGCGACAGUGUGCCUUGGUGCGCGUGCUGGGGUAACGGAUGCCUUUGACAUUAAAGUCUUGUCCUCUGGUCUUUCGCGACACUAAUUAAAAUAAUUCACCAAAUGCCGAUCGAUAGCCAGCACCGCAAGCGCGCGCUUGUACAAAGCAACUCUACCUACAAGCUAUUCCGGCUGGGCUCUAUCUAGCCACCGGUGUGCCAUGUGCAGACCACGACCCCAAACCGAGUGUCGUUGACACGCGUUGACUCGUGCGAUCCCAACCGCGCCGGGUGUUGACUAUUUUCGUGACAAACUCUCCGCCGAGAAUUUCACCAUUAACAUCUACCAGCCUAACAUUAUCCUUAAAAC